UGGUAGCAGUAUUCUGUUUUCAUUUUUGGAUUACGAUAUUAUUUAAAGACUGAAACGGCGAAUCCGGCAUGGGAACUAACCCAAAAAGGACAGUGACAGUCCAGAUGGUGCCUCAGCUGGCUGUGGUGGACACGCUGGGCAAUAAGGAAUCUAAUGCCAACUGGACUAAAGAGCCCAACCUCAAACUCUCUCAGGUUUGUCCAAAGCCCACCCUCACAUCUCCUGACCACAAACAGGAUAACUUGUCUCUGACUGCUGCUCCCACUAACAUCAUCCCACAUACCCAAAAAACAGCUUCCAAGGGAGGUGAACCAGUUAGCAGCACUGUGUCAGACAAACCAGUUCCAGCCAAUGGAAACCAGACAAAACCCGAGCAUGUGACAGGCGGAGACCAAAAGAUGCCAGACCUGCCUCUAACCGGCCAAGGUGUGGGUGAGGCAGGAGGUGACCAGAGGGAUUCUAACGCCAAUAUGAAAAUGUUAAGCCCGGCCGAUGAAAAGGAAAUCUGCAAGGCCGGCUUGUCGUCUGCUGUAACAGCGUCAAAGAUCGACAUGCAGACAAAUGACUGCAGAAUAAAAGGGCCAGGCGCAGCGGAGGAUGAGCGUGCAAAGCCGACAACCUCAGCCAAAACCAUGGCACGAGAAGACAGUAAUAAACAUAUUUCUCCUAAUAAUAAAAAUCUCAACAACGCCUGUGAAUUAAGGCAAACAGCAUCUGCGCCCCAGCAGGAUAACAAAGGGAGUUUAUCAGCUCCCAAAAACAGGGACACUGCUACAGCACAGAAAUCUAAAGAGUCUGAUCAUAUACAAAGUUCCUCACAAAGCUCUGCCAGUCUGCAAGAGACUCCUGAACCUAAAAAAAGCGUGGAAAAAACAGCUCCACUUAGCUCUACCACACCUCCAUCAAAGAGCAAAGAAACAGGGGCAGGGUCUACAAAUAAGAACUCAAGUUCAACACGUCCAGAGAAGGAUUUUCAGCCAGCAAAGAAACCACAAGUCUCCUCAGAUAAACAUCAGGCAGCGUCUUCACAGAAGGACUCCUCCACUCUGCCCCAGGCUAUACAAAACAUGCCGGCAUAUGGGCAGGUGGCUGAGGAAGCCAGCCAGACUGACACAGCUGUCUUUGAAGGGCAGAAGCAGCAGUGCUGCAAACUCUACAGGGAGGCUUCGACUAUGACCUCAUCCCCGUCAUCCACCCCAGUCAAGCGGUGUCACGAUAUGGAGGUGCAGGCGGUGGCUAACACCUGCAGUAAGGCUGUGGCCACAAGUCCGAGCCUGCUGUCGUUUGCUGAGACCCGCAGGCAGAACGGGGUCCCCAGGGAGGAGGUGGAGAGCCUGGUUGUGGUCUGUCAGGUGGACGGGAGCGCUGCUCUCCAUCAGAGACUCACAGUUGAGGCAGAGAUGUGCCACAACCAAAACACAGGCUUGGUUUUUAACUCUUUGUCCCAGCAGCAAGAUGCCAGGCUGGGGGCUAAGCCUAAAGAACCGGGGCCAGCUUUAUGCAACAUCCAGCCGGUUUAUCAAAUCAACAUUGAACACAGCAACCACAAAGAGCAAGGAGAGACAGGUAACUCUCAACAUAAAACUGGAGCUCAGAUAUCUGCAGCAAAAACAAGCACUGCUGAAGCUUCCUCUUUCAAUUCUGGAGCACCCCCAGAGACAGCCGGUGCUUCCAAGCCUGGAUCUGCUGACAGCAACAAUGCUGCACUGUCUCAGGCUGCUGUUACAACCAAGCCUGAGCAGGCCCCGCCAACAACAACAACAGCAGCAGCAGCAGCUAACACCACAUCCAAGUCAGCUCUAACUAAAAACAAAGGAGGAGCUGGAGGUAAAGCCCCGACGAAGGAGACAAAUUCUGGCAAACAGAAGAUUGAACCGGAGAGAAACAAGGAAGAGGAUGACCAGUCAGAGAAGCAGAAAGGAAAGAGCGUGCAUGACGUCGUCUGGGAUGAACAAGGGAUGACGUGGGAGGUUUACGGGGCCUCCGUGGACCCAGAGUCCCUUGGUUUUGCCAUUCAGAGCCACCUGCAGUGCAAAAUCAAGGAGCAAGAGAGGAAACUGAUGGCCCAGACCUCCAUCCGUAAGUCAAUCUCUGGUGCCGACUCACCGCAACAUGGCAGGAAGAACAAAAGGAGGCAGCAGAACAUUUUCAGGUCAAUGCUGCAAAAUGUCAGACGGCCCAACUGCUGCGUACGUCCCCCUCCCUCCUCCGUCCUCGAGUAGCACAGCACAGAGGUAGCCAAUGUCAGACUCCUCCCUUUUUCCUAGAGGUCAAAAUGUUUGCCCCCCCCCCGCGUCAUGACUGCAAUGCCAAGUGAAACAUUAAUGAGGUGAAGAUCCCUGUAAGUAAAGUAAGUAUACUGGAAUGUUGUAGCAUAAAGAGUCAAACUAUUUGUGAUGUUUGUGAUCAAAGAAGGUAGGAAAUAGAAAUAUAAAAUGAACAACUCAAGACUUAUUUUCUAGAAAUAGACAUAAAAAAAAGAGAGAAAACUUCCAACAGUUUUUAAAUAACAGAGGCAAUAAUAGUGAAAUGCAUGUUUAUUAGUUAAAAUGGCAGUUGUAUGACCUAAAAUGAAGUCCAGACCUUCACAGUACAUGGCACUGAUCAUGGGAUAGACAUAUUACUUACUGUCAGAAUAUUUGUGCAAAUAUAUUAAGCCAACAUCUCAUUACAUUUGGUGCAUUUGGUAUAUGUUUUUGAGGUGUUUUAGGGCCCUAUAUUUAUAAGAUUACUGUAUUUUCUUUUCAUGCACAUUUAUUUUUAGUGAGUGAUUACGUUGUGCAAAAGAAAAAAGAAAAAUAGGGACCGUAUGCAUACAUGCACUGUUUAAUCUCUGUUCUUCUUUGGUUUUCUAUUAAAAUAACAAAAAAAAAACUAAGUUGAGCAUUACACAUUAUUCAUUUCUGAUGUGCUGAUGGAGACUUAAAGCGAGUAUAGAAUCACUUUUUGGUUAUUUUCAGAAUAUUUCUUGUGGUAUUUUAAAAUUAGACAGAAAGCUUGAUGCCACUGGAACCAUAUAGAAAUGAAAGGUUAUGAAAAGAAAUAAACAAAAUGUAUUAGAAAGACAGAUCAAAUACAUCAGUAAC